AUGAAAUUGGCACAAAUGAUUCGAUAUUCAAGUGUUCGCGAGGCAUCGGUGAGCGAUGACUUCAGUUUCUUAAGAAGAAAGCACAGUGAAAGUGGAAUCGAACGGAUGACACGUAAUGGCAGCGUCGUAAAGCUUGAUUUCAAUUUUGAAACACCGAAUGAGUCUGAUCAACGCAAGGAAAAUUUGCUGAAUAUACUAAAAAAAGAGGUAAAAAAUGUCAUGGAAGAAUCUAUCAAUCGAAAAUUGGUAAAUGCUAAAAGCACGUACGUCAUAUCAUUGUGUGCUGCAAUAGAACAGUGUUUACUCGAUGGUCUGAAACGUCGUUUACUUGGACUAUUUGGUGCUCGUUCUACAUACGCUCUUCUUCACAAUAUUUCAAAGUUUUGUCCUGAAGCAGCAGAAGUAUUAGCCUUAACAAUCAAAGCUCAAGAUGAUGAAGUGAUGUAUGUUCUUAGAAUCAAGACUAAAGUUGACGGAUUAAAAGUUUUUACUAUUCUUAUGUAA